UGAGUAAGUACAACAAACGGAGAACACCGGGGUUUGCGGCCAGUGUACGCUACACCGUUAAACGCAACGCAACGCAUUCGUCGUUCGUACUUCGACGAGUUGACUGUUGAGCGUGCGGAAGAAAAAAGUUUAGAGAAUACUUGAAUUAAAUAGCGGACAAUAGUGCGCAAUGGCACAUCAGACGGUGCAACCGUUACUGGUGCAUUUCGGCACCCUAUUCAACUUCUGCAAAAUGAUUGGUCUCUAUCCGCAUGACCUGCAGGCAUUCCGCAGUGUACACACGCUACAACAAAGCAAACGCGGCGCUUUGAUUGUUAUGGCUACGAUGUUUGGUGUUGUUGUAUUCUACAAUUUGCUCAUAUUCUUCUUCUCGGGGGAGGAUCACGAUCUGAAGGCCUCGCAAAGCACGCUAACCUUUGUCAUUGGCAUAUUUCUCACAUACAUCGGUCUUGGCAUGAUGAUCACCGAUCAGUGGUCGGCAUUGCGCAAUCAAGCGAAAGUUGGCGAGAUUUACGAACGCAUUCGCGCUGUUGACGAACAGCUAAUGAAGGAGAAUGUGAUCGUAGACAAUUCGAAGACAACCAAGAGUAUACACUUUAUGAUCGUACUCACCGUGGCGUGUGAACUGAUCAUUUUGAUUUCCACCUAUUUUGCCUUGGUUAAAUACAAUGAGUGGAAAUCGAUAUUGUGGUUGUUUUCUUGUUUUCCAACACUUUACAAUUCGCUGGACAAAAUUUGGUUUGUCAGCACUUUGAAUGGUUUGAAGCAUCGCUUUACUGUCAUCAACACCGCACUUGAAGACAUGGUAGUGUCGCAUGAGCGGCUUAAACGUUGGACCGAAAACGGUAGUGGUGGUGGUGAGGUUUUUAGACGAGCAUCCAUUGCGAAUGUCUCAAUCGAUCCGUCGCUGGAAUACUUGUAUAAGGAGCUUACUCACGUGGAGGCAGUUAAGGCCUAUAAUAUGGCGAGGAAUAAAAUUUCACCAAUCGCACACUCUUUAAACUCAUUCGGCGAUGCUAAAGAGACACCGAAAAAACUGCAAAAAUUCACCCUCCAACCGCCAACGUUCAAUAUGGUCUACGAAAGCGAACUGAGUAAGGACAUCGAAAAGGUGGAGGAGAAACUAAACAAUUUGUGUCAAUUGCACGAUGAAAUUUGCGAAAUUGGCAAACUACUCAACGAGCUCUGGAGCUACCCGAUAUUGGUGCUAAUGGCCUACGGUUUUCUCAUCUUCACGGCACAAUUGUACUUCUUGUAUUGCGCCACCCAAGGCCAGAAUAUUCCGUCGCUGUUCCGCUCGGCGAAGAGCGCCAUCAUAACGACAAUUUUCCUGAGCUACACCGCCGGCAAGUGCAUCUAUUUGAUUUACCUCAGCUGGAAGACGUCGCUCGAGUCGAAACGCACCGGCAUUUGUCUGCACAAGUGCGGCGUUGUGGCCGACAAUAAUUUGCUCUAUGAAAUUGUCAACCACUUAUCACUCAAAUUACUAAAUCACUCUGUUGAUUUCUCUGCUUGCGGUUUCUUCACCCUGGACAUGGAGACGCUCUAUGGUGUGAGCGGCGGCAUCACCAGUUACCUCAUCAUUUUGAUACAAUUCAAUUUGGCGGCCCAACAGGCCAAGGAUGCUUCGAAUGCUGUGGACGCCAAUUUGUAUGCCCAACAGUUCACCACAGCUAGCGGCAACACCACGGCGUUGAUGGAUUUCUUCACCACCACCUUUAUGCCCACCUCGCAAACCGAACUCUAUUAGACAUUCCAGACUUGGGAUUCAUUUGAGAUUUAAAUUGCUAUAAAUUUUGCACAUUUAAUGCACUAUUAAUCAAACACUUUGAAAUUCAAUGCGUCGUUGUAACAAUU